UGUCACGUGUUUAGGAUUAGAGUCUCAUGCAUGCACGAUUAACUACAAUAAAUUAAAAGGGAAGACGAUGACGACUUACAUAUUUCUACGAAUUAAUACUUGAAAUCUAUAAGAUUUCCUUUUUAAAGCGACGAGGGCUUAUUUUAGGCUUGUUGGCUGCUUCAUUUCACUCGACUCGAGAACGAUUUCUUUUCCAAGUUUUCCAAGCAUUGUAGCCAGCAAUGAGGUUAAUCAACUUUUUGAUGAAAAAUGUCAACUCUAAAAUCGAAUACUAUUCCAGAUUUUCACCUUCACCGAUGUCAAUCCAGCAGUUUCUCGAUUUCGGUCGGGAGAAUGCAUGUGAGAAGACCUCCUAUAUGUUCCUGAGGAAAGAGCUUGCUGUCCGUUUGGCCAACACCAUGCGAGAGGUGACUCUGUUGCCGGAAAACCUGCUUAGUCAACCCUCUCUACAGCAUGUGCAGAAUUGGUAUAUUCAGAGUUUUGAGGAGCUGCUAGAGUUUGAGGCCCGAAGCCCAGAGAAUGGUCGUACACUGAAUGACUUUCUGGACACCCUUAAUAAGAUACGCAAUCGGCACAAUGAUGUAGUGCCCACGGUGGCCCAGGGGGUGAUCGAGUACAAGGAUAAGUUUGGCUUUGACCCCUUCAUCAGCAGCAACGUACAGUACUUCCUGGAUCGUUUUUAUACCAACCGAAUCUCCUUCCGCAUGCUUAUCAACCAGCACACACUCCUCUUCGGUGAUGCAACUGCCCACCCCAAACACAUAGGGGGCAUCGACCCUGCCUGCAACGUGCCUGAAGUGGUGAGAGAUGCAUAUGACACAGCCAAGAUGCUCUGCGAGCAAUACUACAUGAUGGCGCCUGAGCUUGUCAUUGAGGAAUUCAACGCUAAAUCAAAAGAGAAGGCUAUCCAGGUGGUGUAUGUUCCCUCACAUCUCUUCCACAUGCUCUUUGAACUUUUUAAGAAUUCCAUGAGGGCCACAGUGGAGUUGCAUGAGGACAACAGCAAAGGGCUUCCUCCAGUCACAGCUAUGGUGACCCUCGGAAGAGAGGAUCUUUCAAUAAAGAUCAGUGAUAUGGGUGGUGGAGUUCCUCUCAGGAAAAUGGACAGGCUCUUUAACUACAUGUAUUCAUCUGCACCUGCGCCCAGUUUUGACUCCUUACAGUCUGCAGCCCCUCUGGCUGGAUUUGGCUAUGGUUUGCCAAUUUCCAGGCUAUAUGCACGCUACUUCCAAGGAGACCUCAACCUAUACUCAAUGGAGGGAGUGGGAACUGAUGCAGUCAUUUACCUAAAGGCUCUGUCCAGCGAGUCCUUUGAGCGUCUUCCCGUCUUCAACAAGUCAGCGUGGCGACACUACCAGACAGGCCCUGAAGCAGACGACUGGAGCAACCCCAGCAGCGACCCUCGGGAUGCCUCCAAGUACAAAUCAAACCGAUAAACUUCACCAGGCAGCAGAGAUUGGGCCAGUUUGUUACGCAAAAGGGCUUGGAGGGCCGCAUCCGUCUCCGUGGUGUCAUAUCCAGCAUAGUCAGUAAAUAAGCUUGCUGAAUGCAUGAGCACUCCACUUACAGUAAGCUGUAUGAACAGAAUGAUGAUCGUAAAAUGUAGCAAUGAACUAUAUGCCUGUAAUACUGUAACAGAAAAGAAUGGGAAUGUUAUGUUACAUACAUAUUGUUUACAUACUAGUUGACUGAUGCUGGUGGAAGUACAUCUUAGGGGUUUCUUUUUGUUUGUGGAACACAGCACGCGUGUUCAAAAGAACAGCUUUACAGGUAGAGAUGUAAAUCUGUUUCUGAGGCUUCAUGAAGUUUACACUAAUUUAUAAAUGGCUGUGUCAGUCAAAAAUAUGGAUAUGUUACUGAGGUUGUUGUAUUGCACUUUAAACAUUUUUAGGCACAUAAACUAUUAUUUUAUGUUGAAAUGUGUAUCAUGUUAUAAAAUACAUGUGUAUAGUGUUUAAUAUCUAAUGCUGCUGUUCUGUUUUCAGCACAAUAUGCCGUUUACAUUAUCUUCCUCCUUUGUCCUGUUUUUGAUGCAUGGAUGUGGCCAUUGACACAUGUAUUAGAGCUGUAUUAAACUCAUACAGUUUAACUAAUCUGGGCUUCAUUUCUGGAGAGGGAGUUCAUUUCUAGA